AUGGAUAAAGUCGGAAGCUUGAAUCGCUACACAUCCAGAGUCGUCCAUCUUUCUCAGAGCCCUGAUGGGUUGACUGUGGUAUCAGCUGUGGCAGAUGGCUCUCUUCGAUUUUUGGAGGUCUUUGGACCACCAAGCAUUGACAAAUCAAGGAUCUCCCCUCUGGAUGGUCUAUUGUCUCUUAAGAUUUCUCCCAUAAGAUGA